AGAGAGAGAGAGAGAGAGAGAGAAUGGGCCAUAAAUGCCUGAGUCUGGCUCAAAGGACACUCUGAGUCUGUGUUAACAACUGAAGUGUGUGUGUCAGAGUUCGUUAGAGAUGCGGGUCUUUCUGUGUGUGUGUUUCAUCGCCACAUUCGUCUGUAGAGCAGAUGGACAAGUGGACACAAACAUCUGUGACAAGAAAGGAGACUUUGAGCCUUGCUCAGGAGACUGGAACUGUAAUUUAUAUGUCAGCAAGUGCUUCUGCAAGUCAGAAAAACCUUACUGCAGAUGUAAUAAUUAUAUUGAUGAGUUUUAUCUCGGGACGAGCUGCUCUCAGAAAUGGACGACGUUGUCCUUUGCCCUCGUAGCGACACUUCCUGGAGUUGCACUGGCGGUUGUGGUCGGACUCGCUGUUCACCUCGCACACACGUUCGGGAAAUCCAGCAAGAGCAACGGAGCAGGGAAUGCACUCACUCACAUUCCGGAAGAGGACUUGUUCCCUGGAGUGGUUUUUGCAUCUGACUUGAAAUCUCCUCCGAGCGCUCAGCCGCUUCCUCCUUCCAAACCCACACCAGUGCAGGUUCCCAUGGUGUCCUCUUGGCCAUACAGUGCACCUGAUAACACACGCCCUGCUUUUGACAGACCACCACGGGGGGCCCCGUACAGUCUGCCCCCCUCACCACAGACUCUGGGUGUGCCUGACAGGCCGGGACAGCAGCCCUACAGCUACACAGGGGGCGGGGCUCAGGUGCUCAGUAACCCGUACGCCAGAGCGAGGAACCCGUACGAGGAGCACAAUGUGUCUGCAGAACCGUACAACCAGCCGGUGUCUCCCCGAGCUUACGAGGAGCAGAGGAUGUCUCCGCCCCCUCCUCCGUCCUACAAUGCUCCUGAAAAUCGCAGUGUGUUUCCUCGAGCUCAAAUCGGCCGCAUGUACUGACCACCUGCGCAUCACACACACACACACACACACACACACACACACACACACACACACACACACCUCACUUCAGUGUGUUUCUGAUGUUUAUUAGGAUUUAAAUUAUUUUAACUGAUUGUUUAUUGUAUUUUCUAAUAAUCAUCAAAUUUACUGUUUCAUGUCAAUCUUUAGGUUCUGUUGAUUUUUCACUUUUAUGUAAUGAUGUAAUAAACCUGUGCUCGUUAUACUCUCAGCUUCUGACCUAAAAUAAUCAGGAUAGAAUUAAAAAUUAGAUGUUCAAAACAUUUCGGGAUUAAAUAUUUACUGUAAAUUUACUUUGUGCCAAAAAAUAAAACAGAUCUUUAAAUCAAAA